AUGAGAUUGCCAUCUGAUCAGCUUACAACAAUAUCUAUAGACUCAGAGCCACAGCAUGGCAACGACUCCCGCGGCAGCUACUCGGCUACAGGUACUGACAUUUAUGUUUUACCUGUCGCCAUCACAGUAGUAAAUCUGGCCUAUACAUUGACCAUCAGAGCAUCUAAAUUGGUUAUCAUUGCAAGAGUCAAAAAGGCAACCUUGCCUCACAUGCUCAUCCGCCUUAUCUUGACAAUCGGCUUCGCCAUCACAAACCCAGUUGAGAGUAAUCAUGAAGAACGUAUAGAGGCAAGAAAUGUAACACACAGCCAUCAAAAACCAACAAAAAGUGGUAUCGACGAGGCAACUCCGGUUAUCAGUACCAUCAGCGUCAAUCAGCGAAAAAAUGAUAACAAACAUUGGGAGAAUCAAAAUAAUGCAAUACAUGAUCAAGAUGAUUUCCAAACAGUACAGCGAAAAACUCGUAAGGAAAACAAACAAACUGUCAUUGGCAGUGCUGAGAUCUCUGACAUAGCUGCCGUAGAAGGAAGGACAUCAAUUCAUAUCUCGACUGUCAACAGAAAUGUGUUAGAUCCAGUCAGGACUGUAAGAUGCACCAGGAAGAUAUAUAUAAAGACUGGGGCUGAUCUCACGACCGUCUAG